AUCAAGUGUCAAAUAAUUCGAUAGCGAUCAGCUGUUUCCGAUAUAGAUUGCCGGUAUAUUGGCAGUGCUGAAAAAAUCAUUUUCAUAAUUUAUAUUUAUGUAUUGUCAGUACUGACAGUUUAAUAGCCGCAUUCACUGCGAUCAGCUGAUUGAAAAACCGCUAUUUUUCUAAAUUUUCGCAUAAUUGGUAUUAAUAUUUAAUGAUGUGCAUUAUAUGCAUUGAGUAAUUCUGAACAAGAUUGCAUUAUGUGGGAAAAUUGUAUUAAAUAUUAAUUAUUAUAUGUGUAUAUUUCAUUAGGAAUGAGGUUAGAAUGGCUAAUAUAAUAUAAUUUCGCACAAGUGAAUAACAUCAACAAUUGUGAAUGAUAGUGUAAAAUGCAGUGCAUACGUAAGAUUCUAAAUAUCGCUCAGCAUAAUUUACAAACGUGUAACAAGGUCAACACAAUCUGUAAAAGAUCAGGAAUAUUGCUCCAAGAUAUUGUUUGUCGUUUCAAUCAUGAUUCCGAAGAAUAUAUAUCUGCAGACGAGGAAAAGGAUCAGGAAGCAUAUGCAGUGAUCUCCAACCACUAUUUAGGUACCGCAAUUGGAGGACACAGAGCAUUUGUUUUACAGCCGUAUAUAAAAUGGGGUAGAGAUAAGAAAAGAAACACUUCGCCGGAGCUACAAAUGUCUGAAGCUGUAGCACUCGUGAACACUUUAUCUAACUGGUGUGUAGUUGGAGCAAAGUAUGCCCCAUUGCUUUCAUUACAGAGGAAAAGUUUAUUAGGUACCGGUGCAAUGGAGGACUUGAAGAAAGAAUUAACAAAAUGCGAACACCCAACUGCCAUAUUUGUCAGCACUAAUCAGCUAAAGUUUGUUCAAAUUGGUGAAUUGGAAAAAAUUCUAGGUUUACCAGUGUAUGAUCGUUACUCUAUAAUCAUUCAUAUAUUUCGUCAGCAUGCAAAAACCUCAGAAGCAAAAUUGCAAGUAGCUUUAGCAGAAGUACCAUAUGUCCGGAAAAAAGUACUUGAAACAUGCGUGACUCGUAGUGGUGUAAUAAGCAUGACAGAAAAGACAAAAUUGAUGUUUGAUAAUAGAGAAAAGAAAUAAAACGAAUUGAAAAAGUUGAAACAGCAUCGAAUAACUAUCAGAAGCCAACGUAAGAAGUAUGGUUUUCCCACAAUUGCUGUAGUUGGUUACACAAAUGCGGGAAAAACUUCCUUGAUAAAAGCACUUACAGAUGACAAAGCCCUUCAACCUAAGAAUAAAUUAUUUGCAACCCUUGACACAACUGCACAUGAAGGAAUUUUACCCAGCAAAUUAAAAGUACUGUACAUGGAUACUAUUGGAUUCAUUCAAGAUGUACCAGAAACUUUGAUCGAACCAUUUGUUGUAACUCUAGAGGAUGCCAUGGUUGCUGAUAUUAUAGUUCAUAUAUAUGACGUCAGUCAUCCUGAUAUGAAAGCACAGUAUCAACAUGUUCAGCAGACAAUAAAACCUAUGAUAGACGAGGCUCAUCCGAUAAUCGAUGUCGCCAAUAAAUGCGAUCUCGUUCAAAGUGAUUGCAUACCCACAGACGCAAUCGCUGUUUCUGCUACGAAUUUAACAGGGAUCGAUUUAUUACGCUCGAAAAUAGAGAAAGUUCUUUUGGCGACUACUGGACUAUUACGUACACGUGUAAGAGUAGAAUCGGGUAGUCCUGCGGUUAGCUGGUUUUACAAAAUGACGACAGUGACAAACGCUCAACCAGAUCCUAAUGACGAUCAAUAUUUAAUUCUAGAAGUACUUGCUACUUCACUAGAUAUUCAAAAGUUCAAGAAAUUUCUAAGAAGUUAAAUCAGAUGAUGUAUGCUCAUCAUAUCUACGGACUCCCAAACAUGGAAGAAAAAAUAUAAUGAUUUCAAGCAGAUGCAUGAGAUGAAAAGCAACUUGGUGUGUUGAGAGACUCAAGAAAAGGAAAAUCUUUCGGAAGAAAAUGUGGCCGUGGAAAAUCUUUCGGAAGAGAAUGUGAAAUUUGACAAACGAUCAAUCCGCGUCUGAAUCGCAGCACGAGAAAAAUCAUCGCUCG